AUGAACGCCAAUGUCCAGCAGAUCAACAACACCGUUCUCAAUCUGACGGUCGGUUUCGUUCAUGAAUUGAGAAGUGCUGAUUCUGUGGACAAGGAGAACGAUGACGGUAUGAAUGUGGACGUUCACUUGUUGAACCAGGCUACUGGCAAGGGCGUGCCAGACCAUGUCCUGCGACUAAAGAUUGGCUCCGUGUGUCUCGUCAUGAGGAACCUGAACAUUGACAGCGGACUCGUAAACGGCACUAAAGUGAUCGUGACCGCUAUUAGACCUCGUCUGAUCACAGUGCGACUCCCUGGACAACAUGAUCCGAUUUGUAUUCCUCGGAUUCAAUUCGUUUUCCCGUUUGUCGAGGGGUCACCGCUUCGCGUCCGCCGUCUCCAGUUUCCUCUCAUGCUGGCAUACUCCAUGACUGGCCACAAAAGCCAGGGCCAGACGAUUGAUCGCGUUGGAGUCGAUCUUCGCAGUGACUGUUUCACGCAUGGUCAACUGUACGUCCUUCUCAGUAGAGUCAGACAUCCUGACGACAUCGUUGUUCUGGUCACAACGAACAAAAGCUACAAACAAAACGCUACGAACAAAAGCCUGACAGGGUCCACGAAGGAGUAG